ACUACAGCAGCAUUGAGCAGCUGUUCUGCUUCCCACAGCCAACCCCCAAGGAGAAGACAGCAGCACCAGUGAAGGCAGAGCCGAAGGAGCUCCAAUGAAGAGGUGACUGCCAUGAUCCAGAAUGGGGACCGGACCAAGUUUGAUGUUGAGGUUCUGAAGCAGUUGCUGAAGCUGCUGCCUGAAAAGCAUGAGAUAGAAAACCUGAAGGCCUUCAAAGAAGAGAAAUCAAAACUAGCAAAUGCAGAUCAGUUCUAUCUUCUCCUCCUUCAGAUUCCCAGCUACCAGCUGCGCAUUGAGUGUAUGCUGAUCUGCGAAGAGACCACCGUCGUGCUGGACAUGAUUCAGCCCAAAGCUGAAGCCAUCCGCAGAGCCUGUGAAGAUCUUCUGACCAGUCAUCGCCUGCCAGUCUUUUGUCAACUGAUUCUCAAAGUUGGAAACUUCCUGAACUACGGAAGCCACACGGGCGACGCCGAUGGUUUUAAAAUCAGCACUUUACUCAAACUAACAGAAACCAAAGCCAACCAAACCCGCAUUAGCCUGCUCCACCAUAUUCUGGAGGAAGUAGAAAACAGCCACAAGGACCUACUGGAACUGCCAAAGGAUCUUGAAUAUGUUUCAAAAGCAGCAGGAAUUAAUCUUGACAUUAUACGCACCGAGUCCGGUACCAAUUUGAAGAAGUUGCUGGAGCUUCAGCGGAAAGUCUUAUCAUCAAAUGAGGAUGUGAAACAACAGUAUGAGAAACCCAUCCAGGACAGCAUUGAUGCCUCCAGAAAGCUGGAAGAAGAAUUUGAUACCAUUGAAAAGAAGAGAGAAGAACUUGCAAAUUAUCUCUGUGAAGAUCCAAGCAAGUUGUCCUUAGAGGACAUAUUUAGCAUCAUGAAGACCUUCAGAGACCUCUUCAUCCGAGCCCUGAAGGAAAACAAGGACAGAAAGGAGCAAGCUGCCAAAGCAGAGAAGAGGAAAAAGCAGCUAGAAGAGGAAGAGGGCAAGAGACAGAAGGGAGAAAAUGGAAAAGUCAUCAAGAAGGGGCUGAUGAAGCAGGAGGAGGUGUGUGUCAUCGACGCCCUGCUCGCCGACAUCAGGAAAGGCUUCACGCUGAGGAAGACAAAGAACAGACACGAGUCAGAGGCAGCUCCUAAAUCCUCAUCUGCAGAGAGCCUGGAGGAGAGCCAGUCUGGACAGAGCAUGAAGGAUCCACAAGCAGCAGGGAAGCAGAUUGAUGACAAGACUGAGCAAAACAAGGAUGAUCAUCCCUCAGAAAGCACUCCUCCCUCAACCACUGCCCCGAUGGAGACAGGUGGAGGUGUUACAAAUGCUUCAGCUUCAGGCCAGGUAUUAUCUACAAACAGUGCUGGAGGAAGUCUGCCACUGGAGUCCCAGACCAAAAGCCCCUCAGGGAGCGUGGUGGAAGCUGAUGGAGCCACUCAGACCACCCUGGGCCCUGGGAUGGAGCAGAAAAACAACGUGGAAAGCCUCCAGCCCAGCACAGAGAGAGGCUCCCUUGGCUUCUCUGUGGCUGACAUAGGCUCAAGGAUAAGUUUUGUGAGCAGCAGUGCAGCCCCUGCUCUGCCAGACCAACUCAGCUGGACUAAUGGGGCCAUGUCAGGAGGCCAGGACAAGGAGUGCCCAGCUGAUGGCUCAGACAGUGCUCAGCCUGCUCCCUGCCAUGAGGCUCAGCAGGCAGAGUCUAAAGAAAUGACAAAAGAAAAUGAAGACCCUGGUACAGACUCGCUGUUGGACACCUCUCAAGACAAGUCCUUCUCAGAGGAGCCGGCCACUGACUCCUCUUGCUCAGCAACACUUCCCCCAGAGCAAACCCACAGUGACAGGGAAAAGCAGAGGCCAUCAGGGAAAAGGAAGAAGAAGAAGAGGCACAGCAAAAGCUACUCAGGUGUCAUGGCAAGGCAGAAGGUAUGAGAGAACCUCUCAUGCGUCCCUGGGGUGCUGCCAGCUUCUGAGACUCCAGGUUCUGCAUCAAUGAAAUGCCACCAUGGACAACUUCUGCCCCAUGAAGACCCACAGCCUCUCCUCAUGCAGCCUUUCACUCCCCUCCCAGGACCUAAAGAGCCUCCCCAGAGACUUUGGACCCCUCAGCCUGUGCACUGGGCACCUGUGGGGACAGGGGAUGGCUCUGUGCAUAGUGGUGGUGGAAGGGUCAGACCUGUCACCCACUGUCCUGGAAGCCAAGGCUUUCACCCUGCUCUUGGGCCAAACUCCUCUUGAAGUGACAGCUGAGUGUGGCCCAAGAACAGACUGCAGUGGCUAGCCCUUGAAGAAGUGUUAAAAACAGCAGUGCCUCAACUAAAUUAAGGGUAUAAAUUAAGCAGUGGCUGUACCAUCACAAGUGGAGGUGUGUUAAGUCCCUCUUCUCCUUGCCCGCUGAUGAUUUAUAUUGGACCAGGUCCAAGACCCAGAUUAGACAAAUGUAUUUUUACUCUCAAUCACUUAGAGCAAGGGAAAUUGGUUACAGGGGAAAAAAGCAAGUAAAAGAAAAUGUAUUUUCUGUUUUACUAAGCAUAUGGCCAUAUAAGCAGUGUCUGGUCCCUACAUGAUGCUUAUGUGCAAUUAAGUUGAAGUGCAUCAGUAGUCUUAAGUAGUCUUGUCACACCUGCUGAUGCAACCAUCAAUUUUUGGAGAGCCAGGGCUCUGGCUUCUCUCACUAAAGCAAAAGGAAGAGGUUUUCCAGUGUUCUAUUGGACACAUUUUCAGUUUAUCCUGUAGUAAAUCUCUGGGUUUGACUUCCAUUGUCAGCUGCUUGUACUCGAGAGUCUGUGUCCAAGCUGCAGAACGUGUGGAAUCAUGUUACUUUGGCUUUAAAACUGGGACUGUGCAGUACUGUGUUUUCAAAAUUCAGAGCUUUAUUUCUCAAGUUUGUAAUAACACUGUAUAAUAAUUUUGUACAUAGCUGUCCAUUUAAAAUGAUCUAUGUUUGUUGAAUCUAUGGUGUGAUAUGUGCUGAAACAUAAAUCCAGUGGAAGAGCUGGGUACAUUUCAGAACUGUUCAUUUAUAUGGUAACUCACUGUGGCUAAACUAACGUGCAGGCUAAAGCUUAUUUUGCUCUGCUUAAUAGGACUUAUAAUGUCCUUGUAAUACUGAAAACUUAGAAGUGAAACCAAGAAUUAAAUCACUGGUUUGCUUUAA